CUUGGUCACGCUGAAGGAAAUUUUGGCGGUAUUGCCGAAAAUUCGAGAAGAGUUUAAACAGCGGAUGACUCGUAAGAGAGUCAUGACUGUUAAGCUCGGCGAAGUCAUUCCGCCGGAGGCUAACUGGUCCCCGCCUGGGAUGAAGAUGGAUUGGCGAAGUGCGUCAACCGACCAUAUGAAGGUCCAGAUUGGACAGCAGGAGUAUUCGGCACUUGUGGAUGAUGGAGCCGAGAUGAACAUCAUUCGUGAGCGUCAUGCCAUCGAAGCCGGGUUGAAGAUCAAUCGAGAUGAUUACUGGUUUUUGGUGGGAGCUAGCGGAUCAACUCCAUUUUGCGGAACAGCCAGUGGCGUUCUCGUCACGGUCGGAAAAGUUAAGGUCCGUUCGUACUUCUAUGUGUUACCUAGAGUGGAACACGAGGUGCUGCUCGGAAGGGCAUUCUUAUGUCGGUCGGAAAGCAUUAUCAUUAACAAGCAUGAUGGAACCAUGUUUGUAAUUCUUUGCGAUCCUGUCUGCGGUUAUUACGAAGUGGUCAAGUGUGCGAACACUGGACCCUAUUGCUCGCGGAACCGGCUGAACCCGGAAUCCUAUAGCUUUCCGAAGUCAGAAAAGUUGAAAAGGGAGAAGGAAUCGCUAGGGGAGGAGCCGAAUCCUCGUGAGUUCUCGCUGACCCUACCUGAUAUUGGGCAGGCGAUUGAUUUCGUGUCGACACAUGCGGCGAUUGAUCCAAAUGUGGUGCAAGCCUUAACGGAAAUCAUCACGGACACCGGAAGCGUAGGAACUAUGCGCCUCGUUUACUCCCCGUCAGAGGGGAAUAAGGGAGAAGAUCAGGAAUUGCCCUCCACCCGACAGGGUCCUUUUUUAAAGGAUGUAGGCUUGACACCGGCGCCAAACGAUCCAGAGACAGAUCAGGCAGAAGAAUCCAUUCCGGUCGAUGCCUUUUUGAAAGAAGAGGAGUUGAGGUUGAGUAUUAACUCCUUUGCCUACCUGACUGAUGCGGCCACUCGACAUAGGAUACCAAUAUGGAAUGCUCCCAUCUGUCACGAGAUACGUUCAGAGCUCGUGAUGGAGGGACCUUUCAUCGAGGAGGACCCAUGGGGUGAGCAGACUGCAGAGGAAAUGAUGAGGCUGGCUUUGACCGAUGACAUCGACCUUAUGCUUGAUCCGCUAACGAUUGAACAGGGCCAUGUGCAGGCUGAUGACGCUUUUCAGACUGUUGGAAGGAUGUCAUAUAUCAUGAACUUGUUGGUUCAUGAGGAUCGCCUAAGGUUAAUGAAUGUGGAGGAAGGGAGCAGUGAGGUUAAAGAGGCAUUCAAGGAAAAGGAGUACGAAGGGGAAUAUAAGAAGAUAGGCAUGUGGUUGAAUGGGGAAUUGGACGAAAGUGAGGUUGAUCCGGUUGUGCGGGAGACAAGCAAAGGAUUCGUUGUUCGUGACGGUCAUCUCUUUAAGAAAGUUGCUGAUGGUGUCCCAAAGAGGGUGGUAUGCGGAAUCUCUCGACAGUUGGAUGUGAUUGUUGCUCUGCAUGAUGGGGUAGCCGGCAGACACAUAUCUGCGCGGGUAACUUUGAACAAAAUCCAACGCCUUUAUUUAUGGGAAGGGAUGAGCAAGAUGGUGAUCGAUUUUUGUAAAUCUUGUUUCCCUUGUCAACAGAGGUCUAACAUCCGCUACCUUGAGCCCCUAAAUCCACGUUAUGUGGCAGAACCGGGUGCGCUGGUGCAUUUGGAUCUUUUGGUGAUGCCACCUGGGAUAAAUGGGUACAAGUAUAUCUUCGAUGCUAGAGAUAAUUUGACUGGUUUCGUUGAUGGUUGUGCCAUUCGCGAAAGUACUGGGUCAGUCUUGGCAGAGUGCAUUGAGGAAUAUUACCUCCGUUAUCCAUUCAUUCAAAAGAUUGUUAUGGAUCGAGGAGGCGAGUUUCGAGCAAAGGAGGUACAAACGCUUUGAAAGAGACUUGGGCUGAUUCCGAUUUUUGUCUUAAGCUAACCAAGAAAGUUGUAAAGUAUUAAUAAAAACAUUGAGAUCGA